UGCAGAAGCGCUUCGUGGGAAACUAUUUAUUGCAUUUUUCCUUUUUUUUUUAAUGUUUCUUUCUCUCCUUUUGGCUUGAGCUGACCCUGUCCGAGUUGUCGGUAAACCAAGAACUUGUCCUUUUCUGUGUGUAAUAACGCAUUCAGAUGCGAGGAUGCGCUUUAUUCCCACUUAAGGGUUUAGAGCCGUGCCAUGGUUUUGACCCGGGGUUUCCUCGUGGAAAUGAGACGCUGCUCUUCUAUGGGUACAUGAAUCUGAGUUCCAGCGGCCAGAUGCCUGUGAUGGAGGAAGUCGAUAUCAGUGAGAGCAACGGCAUGGCGAAGACAGUUGCUCUCAUCAGCUUCCUGUCACUGGUCAUGCUUAUGAGUGUCUUGGGAAACCUACUGGUCAUGGUGGCUGUCUGCAAGGACCGGCAACUCAGAAAAAUUAAGACCAAUUACUUCAUAGUAUCGCUGGCCUUUGCUGACCUGCUGGUAUCAGUGCUAGUGAUGCCGUUUGGGGCCAUCGAGCUAAUCCAUCAGAACUGGAUUUAUGGCGAGACAUUCUGCCUGGUGCGAACCUCACUGGACGUGUUACUCACCACUGCCUCCAUCAUGCACUUGUGCUGCAUAUCUCUGGACAGGUAUUAUGCCAUCUGUUGUCAGCCUCUGGUCUAUAGGAACAAGAUGACACCACUGAGAGUUGCUCUUAUGAUAGGAGGAUGCUGGACUAUCCCAACUGUUAUAUCCUUCUUACCAAUUAUGCAAGGCUGGAACAGUAUUGGAAUAAAUGAUUUGAUAGAGGAGCGGAAGUUCAGUGGCAACUCCACAGUGUGCGUGUUCAUGGUGAACAAGCCAUAUGCGCUCACCUGCUCUGUGGUGGCCUUCUACAUCCCACUGGGUCUGAUGGUGCUCGCCUACCAACGCAUCUAUGUAACAGCACGUGAACAUGCCCGUCAGAUCAGCAUGCUGCAAAGGGCGGGUGGCGCGGGCUCUGGACCUGAGAGUCCUGAACACCAGCGCAAUCACCAUAUGCGCACUGAGACCAAGGCAGCAAAGACUCUGUGCAUCAUAAUGGGCUGCUUUUGCCUGUGCUGGGCUCCAUUCUUCAUCACCAAUGUGGUGGACCCUUUCAUAGACUACACAGUGCCCGAGCAGCUGUGGGCUGCGUGCCUGUGGCUGGGCUACAUCAACUCCAUGCUCAACCCCAUCCUCUAUGCCUUCCUCAACAAGUCCUUCCGCCGUGCCUUCCUCAUCAUCCUCUGCUGUGGCCACCGGCGCUACCGACGUCCCUCUAUCCUUGCAUCUAGAACGCCCUGCACAUCUACACAGAUCAAUGGCUCCACACACGUGCUCAAGUACUCGGUUCUACACAAUGGAAACAACAGCGAACAGGAGAAACUAGCAGUGCAGAAUGACACAGAGUCACAAGAAUCCUGCUUCUGACCACACUUCAUCAGGGCAUAAACUGGAAGUUGCCAUCGCUCACCAUCAGCCCCCUCACACCUGCAGCGCAAACUCACACAAAGGAGUAUAGGGAAAAAAUUACUGAGUGGUGGACUGA